CUGUAACAGCAGGGACCUCGAACUCAGCAAUCUGCUGGGCGACGCCCUUUGGUUUUCCCAUCUUGAAAUGAAAAUUUAAAUGUGUGCUGCUAAAGCUCUGCUAAAGUUCAAAACCUUUUCAGAAAUUAUCUUCUCCCCACACUUCGAUAUAGCGCUAGCGGCCGCCCUCCUGCUGUCGAAAUAGAAGCUUGUGAUGGCAUUAGAACAAAUCGAUACAACUAUGAAGCCUCGAUCAUUUUCAACAUUGCGCUGCUUGCAGCAUGAAAAUCCUCUGGGAUUGCCGCGAACAGGAAGCAUUCCGCGCAUGCAGCGAGGCUUGCCAGAACGAAGAAAGAUCAAGGAUGUGAAGAAAGUGAUUGCUGUAUCAUCUGCGAAAGGUGGUGUUGGAAAGUCGACUAUUGCAGUCAAUCUCGCUCUGGCAUUUGCCCGCCGUGGUCUUCGAAGUGGUAUCCUCGAUACCGAUAUCUUUGGACCUUCUAUACCAACACUUCUCAAUCUUUCUGGAGAGCCUCGAUUAUCACCAAACAAUCAACUUAUUCCUCUCUCGAAUUAUGGGGUCAAGUCUAUGUCGAUGGGAUACUUGGUUGGAGAUCAAGCUCCUGUGGUAUGGCGAGGCUUGAUGGUAAUGAAGGCACUGCAGCAGCUAUUACAUGAAGUCGACUGGGGCGGACUGGACGUCUUGGUCUUGGACAUGCCGCCUGGAACGGGUGAUACACAACUGACCAUCACACAGCAGAUUGUUUUGGACGGGGCUGUCAUAGUUUCCACACCUCAAGACAUCGCCUUGAAAGAUGCCGUGAAAGGUAUCAACAUGUUCAAGAAGAUUAAGACCCCGAUCCUUGGAAUGAUACAGAAUAUGUCACUGUUCACAUGUCCACAUUGUCAUAAUAGUACACAUAUCUUCGGGGCACAAUCGGGGGUAACAAAAGCUUGCGAAAAGCAUGGCAUUAAAUUUCUUGGAGACAUACCUUUACAUGCUAGUAUAUGCGAUGAUGCUGAUAGAGGGAAGCCAACUGUUGUUUCUGAGCCAGAAAGUGAUAGAGCGAAGGCUUUCAUGGCAAUUGCAGAGGAGGUAGGGACAAAGAUAGAGUUGUUUGGCAUGUGAAAAGUGUACAAUAGACAAAAGGAACGCCUACCUGCAUGUUUCCGCCACAUCGCUUUCUUUGGUAGUCUUUCGUCCUGCGGUCUAAUGCCUGUAAAAGUCCACAUCGUUCAGGUCCUAAAAGACAGCAUGAUUCAGCAUCUAUUCCACGGCACAAGGUCGGGUAUUUUGUA